CACGGCUGCACGAGGAAGCCAUGGAAGCAACCCCGCUCCCCUCUUCCCGAGGACAAGAAUCUAGCGCAAAAAACCCUACCCUUAGCCCUCCAUCACCCUCGCUUUCGCUUUCGCCUUCGCCGUCGCGGCUAUGGAGGCCGGCAGCCCAGAGGAACCUCAGGAACCAGUGGUCGAAGCUUCUCUCUAGCAAGGACCGAUGGGUCUCUGCGGCAUCUGAGGGGAGAGCCCGCGCCACUUCUCUCGUGAACGCGUAUCUAUCACGCAAGUAUUUGCCGGAGAUGGAUUUGGGCGUUCUGAAGGAUAUGCCUGGGAUUCGGCAGAAGGCUUGCGACAAAUUGGCUCAGAAGCAGGAGCUGUAUCACAACAUGCUUAUAUCAUCUUAUAAGGAAAUGGUAGUUGCUGUUUCUCACUUGGUGAAAGCAUCUAGCUCCAUGCGAUGUUUUCUUAAGGGAUCUGUAGCUGGACCCCUUGUACAAUUUUGUGAUCAUCCUGAGAACAAGAACGACUUUGGAGAUGGUGGAGGGAUUCCGGUGUUUUCAUCUUUCCCAAUCUCACAUUUUGAAAAUCUUGCUCAAGAGCUUGUCGAGAUGUUUGCUUUAGAGCUAAGUUUGAAGCGGCUGCUAGUGGUCGAGCUACUCUCCAUUAGUUGGAGCCAGAACACAGGACAAAUCGAUGGAUUAAAAUGGUCGGAUGAGCUAUACCUUGGAGAAUUUGAUGAUUUGAGAAUGAAUGGCCUGUAUUCUGAAGAAAGUUGUGAGCCGCUACCUCCACGGAUAAAGAAUUGGGAUUCCAGUAUCCCGUUGACUAGGCACUUAGACCAUCCUCCAAAAAGUGAAGUUUUGCAGGUGUACUUAACUACAUGGCUUGCUGACGUGAACAUUAAUAUGAAUAGGAUCCAAGAUUACAAAGCCCUUUCUGCUAUGGUGCUUCACGUCCACGAGGGCAUAUGGUGUCUAUUGCUGGACUAGCUGACUGGUUACAAAUGAUAAAAAAUGAUCAUAAGCUAAAGCUAUUCGUUUAAUAUGUUUCAAUGUGUUAUAUUUUUGAUUCGUUAAAGCAUUGUUGAAGAGAAUGUAUUGGAGUAAACCAUGUACAAGAGAAUGUAUUGGAUUUAUACUAGGAUGACCUGUCAGAAAGACAUAUUUAUAUAGACUGAACAUUCUGCAUGCAUUGAGUAUUCGAUUAAGAAUAUUAUACAAUGGAAAACAAGAAGUGCCUGAAGGCUCUGUUUGGUGCUGAGAAAGUGAAAAAACAGAGAGUUUGUUGGGCACCAAACUUAUUCCCAUUAUUUCGUAUCAAGAAGAAAAUUUAGGCAAAGAUGAGGAGAAAAUUAUGCGCCUCCAAUAAAACCAUUAUCAAUUCUGAGCGUGUGUGUGUGUGUGUGAGAGAGAGAGAGAGCACCUAAGGGACAUAUGGUUUAUACUUUAUAACCCAUCUGCUACUCUUCACUAGAAUUUCUUAAUUUCCUGAGCUCAAUCAGACAUGAGAAAAAUUUUAAAUUUCUUUUUCCACUGUAUUUUUAUUUUCCUUUUUUUUUUCCGUUGGCUAUUCAUGUGUGAUAUCAUUGUCUUAUUUCUUUUAUGCUUUAUGAUAAUGUUUAUCAUUAUGAUGUACAUGCUACAAUAAGAAAACAGUUAUAUUUUCCCCCUGGCACUGUCAGUGAUCUGAUAACAAAAAUAUUCUC